CUUGACUCAGUAAUAGAUUAACACUCGUGGAGCUCGCUUCGUUUUCACAUACAAAAAGGAUAAAUAAUCGCGCUGUGUAUCGAACUGUGUUAUCUAUAAUUUAGUUAUCCUAAGAGCUUAAGCCGUUGAAAACGAAGCUUAACGAAACUUCUCAGCAUGGGGGUGGCUGAAGAUUUCGCUCCCAGCUUUGUGAAGAAACCACAAUUACAUCAGGAAGAUGACGGAAAUCGCUUAAUAUUUGAGUGUCAACUAUUAUCUUCCCCUAAACCGGAUAUCGAAUGGUUUCGAAGUGACUAUAAAUUAACAGAAGAUGGUCGAACAAAAUUCAAAAUCCAGCCAAGCGGAGAAAACAUAUUUACAGUAGUAUUAGAGCUCGACGAUGUAGCAGAAACUGAUGCUGGCCUUUACAAGGUAAAGGCUAAAAAUAAAUCAGGCGAAGUUUCUGCAUCAAUAAAUCUGAAUUUCACACUUGGCAAGAUUGUUCUACUUAACGAAUUAAGACAAAUCGACGGCUUCGCGCCGACAUUCGCGAAAAAACCUGCAAUACGUCAAGAAGAAGAUGGUAAAUGUCUCUUUUUUGAAUGCCGUGUUAAUGCGGAUCCUUUACCCAAUAUAACAUGGUUCCACAAUGGCACAGCAGUGACAGACUCCUCGAGGCAUAAGCUCACAAUCAACAAGGACGGCCACUCAUAUUUUGCAACUCUUGAAAUACAAAAUGUUACAGUUGAGGAUGCUGGAAAAUAUAAAGUAAAUGCAAAAAAUGAACUGGGCGAGAGCAAUGCAACGAUUAGUCUAAACUUUGAUAGCGAUGAGGCUCCAGUUCCAGAAAGUACAGUUGGUAUUAAACCUACAUUUACCGAGCGUCCAGUGAUACGUCAAGGCGAGGAUGGCGGCAAUGUCACAUUUGAAUGUAGAUGCGUUGGGGACCCCACACCAACAGUUACAUGGUCCCACGGCGAAGCAGACUUGAGUGAAGGCAAGCGCUACAAAAUGUCAUUGACUCUGGAUCAAAAAUUAUAUCAUAUGGCAUGCUUAGAAAUAAGCAAUGUGGUUUCAAGUGACCAAGGCGAAUACCGAGCACAAGCAACAAAUAAACACGGCUUGGGCGUGGCGACUAUCAAUUUGAAUUUUGAGAGCGGAUCAAAAAAAAUUCCUGACGGUAAGUCACCGCGUUUUCCUAAAAAGCCCACAAUUCGCCAAGAGGAAGACAUACUGAUAAUGGAAUGCAUACUGGAGGCGCAUCCAGUUCCGGAUAUUAACUGGUAUUGCUCAGAUAAGCAAAUUCUAGACAAUAAAAGAACCAAAAUGACACGAAAAGCGAUUACAAAAGAUAGUUAUGUACUAACUCUGGAGAUACAAAAUCCAACAAAAGAUGACGGUGGCAACUAUCGAUGCAACGCUAUUAAUACAUAUGGAGAAAGCAAUGCCAAUAUCGCGCUUAACUUCCAAGGCGCCAAUGAUGCGAAUGGUUUUGCACCUUCUUUUAUUGAGAAGCCUAGGAUAAUUCCAAAUGAGACGGGUACUUUGAUCACUAUGAAAUGCAAAUGUAAAGCUAAGCCUGAACCCAGUGUAACAUGGUACCGAGGACAAGACAUUGUGGAAAAGAGCAAAAAAAUUAAAAUAAAUACAACUGUUAUUGCAGAAGACACGUAUGAAUUAACUUUAGAAAUAAAGGAUCCCAGCGCAAAUGAUGGCGGCACAUACAGAUGUAAUGUUAAAAACGAAUAUGGCGAGUCCAAUGCCAAUCUAAAUUUAAACAUUGAGGCUGAGCCAGAGCCCGAGGGUGAAGGACCUACAUUCAUUGAAAAGCCUCGCAUUAUAUCAGAAAAUAAUGGAAAGUUGGUUAUUAUGGAGUGCAAAAUAAAGGCUGAUCCAAAACCAGAUAUAGUUUGGUAUCGUAAUGGUGAAGUUAUUAAGGAGAGCAAUAAAAUUAAAAUGAGUAUGGAGCAGCGUGGCGAUCAGUACUAUAUCAAGUUGGAAUUAAUUGAUCCACAGCUAGAAGAUUCGGGUCUCUACAAAUGUAAUAUAAAGAAUACAUUAGGUGAACUAAAUGCCAAUCUGACUUUAAAUAUUGAAAUUGUACCUGUCAUUAAGGACAAACCCAAAAUAAUCAAGAUUAUUAAGAAGCGAACUGUGGUUAUUGAGUGCACAGUGGCAUCUAAAUUUGAGCCUAAGUGCACCUGGUACAAGGAAAGCAAUACGGUAGAGGAAAGCAGACGCCAUGUAUACUUGGUAGAAAAAACAAAAGAAGGCGAAUUUGCCGUUAAAUUGGAAAUUAACGAGGUUGAAGAUAGUGACAAGGGGGCGUAUAAAUUAGUGGCAAGUAACGAGAAGGGCGAAGCUGUUUCUCAAGUUGUCAAUCUAGUUGACAUACCUGAAGAAGAACGGAAACCAAUAAAGCCAGAAAUAUCCCGCAAACUUGCCGAUCAAAAGGUCACUGAAUCAAAAACAUUUGAACUGUUAAUCAGCCUAAAACAGUCAGAUCGUAAAUGCAAGGUGGAGUGGUACAAGGGAAGCACGCUUAUACGCGAGACUAAGGACAUAACUACUACAUUUGAUGGUACAACAGCAAGGCUAACAUUCAGCAGCGCUAGAUCCGAGCAUACCUCGAAUUAUAAGGUUAUUGCUACUAAUGAGGUUGGCAAGGACGAAUCCUCAUGUAAAGUGACUGUGGAGAAGAAAGACAAGAAGAAGGAUGAAAAGCCCGAGCCUAAAAAAGAUAAGGAUGAAGCCGCAAAGAAAUCUGAGGCCGAUCAAGAAAAUAAUAUUUUGGAAGAAAAAAAAGAUGAAGUCAAGGAUGAUGAACAAACUUUUGAGCUUCCUGAAGAGCAAAGUCAAAUUGAGAAAGUUCACAGCAGAGAUAUUGACUCAGAGGAACUGCACCUAGAACAAAAUAAAGAAGGAGAAGAAAAGCGAAAUAAAAAGGAGAAAUCCAAAACAAUUGAAGACAAAGAAAAAGUUGAAGUUCCGGCGAAGAUAGAUACUGUCAAAUCAAAGGAAGGUGAACAGAAAAAGGCUAAAAUAGACAAAAAAGAUUUGGAAACAACAAGAAGUGCACCUGAAAAACUAAGCGAUGACGAGAAAUUAAAGUCAAAAGAUAGACCAAUUAAUGGCAAAUCUAAUCAAGAUGAUAAUCCCAAAGUGAGUCCCGAAAAUGAAGAGCAAUCUAAAACGGAACAGGUGUCGCUUAAAAAGGCUGAGCGAAAGGCAAGUGUGGUUUCAAUUAAGGAAGAGUCAAUUUCUGAGGUACGUCGUAAGUCAAUUAUAAAAACAAAUGAAGAACUUUCAAGCGAAGAAACAAAAUUCUCCUCUAGAAGAUCUUCACUUGCGGUUGAAGAGUCAAAAUUAGAGUCGCGGCGGUCGUCCGUCGUUGAGAGAAAGACCCUUGAGGAAGUUGAAAACGAAAAAAUUGAAGCCAACAAAAGUCCACAAAUGAUUAAGGAAGAGAUUCCAAAACUGAAAUCUGCUGAUAAACGGCGUGUUCCAAAGAUGGUAGAAGAGUCUCAACCAGUUGAAGAAUUACCGAAGCUACGAAAAACGUCUAUUGCACAACCUAAAGAGGAGACCAAAUUAGAGGCGGCUAAGCCAAAAAGCAAAGCAAAGCCAAAGGCCAAGCCCAAAUACGAUGAGCUUCCCGAAAUUCCAGACUAUGAACGACCAGAACUAGAAAAAUAUGAAAAAUCCGAGUUCAUACCAUCUGACUUUGCUCGUGACCUUGAAAUACCAAAUAAAAUGGAAAAACCAAUAUUAGAAGUGCCGAAAAAAGCACCAGAAGAAGCUCCCCCGAAAAAUGGACUUCUAAAGAAAUCUGAAAUCGAAGAGCAGUCCAUGGAGCAACCAAAAGGAUUCAAGCUGGGUAAGGGUAAGCUACCCGGCGAGGAAGACAACAGAGAUGGGGCUACUUUAAAGCCUGUUAUUGUCGAACCAGAGGCCGAUAAACCAUCUUUGUUGGAUAUUAUCAAGCAGCGGCGUCGCUCUUCUGUCAGAAACUUGAUGACCAAAGAACCCAUUAAAAACGAAUCCUUCCUUGGCGUAGUCUUAAAACCCGUUGUAAAGGAUGCUAAAGAGCAAGCUGAACCCCAACAAGCUAAGCAAUUACUGAAGGCGAAUGUAACGGAACAGUUUAGUCCUACAAAUGCAACCAAGGCACAGAUAUCUGACCUGAAAAAACCCGAGUCCCUUGCAACUAUUGUGGAUAAUUACGAGCGCCCUAAAUUAGAACAAUUUGUACCUAUCAAUUUUGAUAAAACAGUAAAGCAACCCACACCCGUCAUAAAUCACCCGAAGCUAAAUCCACCAAUUCAAUUACCCAUGGAACCGUUGAGGGAUGACAAGCCGAAGGUACCAAAGAUGCAGCCACCUGCUCCGGGGGAGCCACCUAAGAUUGAAGUUAUUCGUGAGAAACGGCCUUCGCUUGCUCCAGAGCCUCCUAGCCGACGCGGAUCACUAAUACCUCCAGCUGAUAUGGGACGAAGGCCUUCCCUAAUUAUUAAUGAUGAGAAGAAACUCCGCCCUGGCGAAGUCAUGGAUACACGGUUGUUGAGGCCAGGCGAGGUUGGUGAAGGACAGCGGAGACGUCCAUCUGUCGAUGUUCGCAGACCCAGCGUACAGGACUUAGAAGAUCUCAUCAAUAAGCCAUCAACACCAUUGCGUGACAUUGGUGAAGGUGGUCCACCAUCAAUAUUUGAUGUACAAGAAUCCUACUCAGUGGUUGAAGACUCGACGGCUUACCUUACGGUUGGUGUUGAAGGAAAUCCAGCGCCAACAUUUAAAUUUUAUAAGGGAGUUGGUGAAAUUCUCGAAGGUGGUCGGUAUAAGUUCCUGACUGAUGGACAAACAAAUACAAUCACACUUUGUAUGCGUAAGUCAAAGCCCAACGAUGAGGGAAAAUAUAAGGUUGUUGUUUCAAAUAUCCAUGGCGAAGACUCGGCCGAGAUGCAACUUUUUGUAUCAGAUGCCAGUGGCAUGGACUUCCGCGCUAUGCUUAAAAAACGACGUUAUAAAAAUUGGGACAAAGAAGAGCAAGAUCCAAAUUGGGGUGAUCUUAAAGAAACCGAAAAACCAUUACCGGCUCUUAAAAAAGUCGAAAGGAAAGUGGAGUCGUUUCUUAGUCCGCUCAUUGAUCAAUUCGCUAAAGAAGGGAAGGAUAAGAAGGUUGUAUUCGAAGCAAGAUUCAGCAAGCCAAAUUGCAAACCCAAGUGGCUAUUCCGUAAGGAUGAGGUGUUCACAGGAAGCAAGUUCAAAUUUAAACAGGAGAACGAUACAUAUCAAUUGAUUAUAACUACGCCUAAGGUCGAGGACACUGGGAAAUACACAAUAGAAAUCGGUGGAGUCUCCAGCACGGCAUUCCUUAAUGUUGAAGAGGCAGAUCCAACAUACACAUUUACGAAACCACUUAAGAAAAAAUUGGAAGGGUUUACUCAGCAUGAGACGACCCUCGAAUGUACGGUCAGCAGUAGCAUGGCCAACGUGCAUUGGUUUAAAGAUAAUAAGAAAAUCGAAUCAGAUGAUCCACGUUAUUUAAUUUCAAAAGAUAUAAAUGGCAACCUUAAGCUCAUUAUAAAAGAUUCAUUAUUAGAAGAUGCUGGUCAAUAUCGCUGUCAAUUGGACAAACAGCCGGAUAAAACAGAAUGUGUUCUAAAAAUCGUUGAGUAUCCAUAUAAAUUUGUGAAGGUGCUUAAGUCACAGCAAUGUAUCGAGAAAGAUACAGUAACGCUUGCCUGUGAAAUUGAUGACGCAAUGGGCGAGGUCCAAUGGUUCCGCAAUGAUGAAGAAAUAAAGCCCGAUAAACGUAUUCAAAUUGUAAAGGACGGCCGAAAACGAAAGCUCGUAAUUAAGGACUGUAAAGUUACAGAUGCUGGACAAUUUAAAUGCACCACUAACGCUGACAAGACUGAAGCCGAAAUUAUAAUUAAUUACCAAAAUCGCUUCAAUAAAAAACUUAAAGACACUGACGCUGUCGAGCGAGAGAAGUUAGUGCUAGAUGUGGAGUUACAGGAUCAAACCGCACCAUGCGACUGGAAAUUUAAUGGAGAGCCAUUGGCGUCAAGUGAUCGAAUUGAAAUCAAAAAUUUGGGUGGUGGUAAGCAUCAACUUGUCUUCAAUAAUCUGGAUUUAUCUGAUGCUGGUGAAAUCACAUGCGAAUCGGGACAAUUGACGUCAACAUGCAAGCUAUCUGUACGUAAAGGUGAAAGCCGACCUAAUAUUGAUUGUCCUGAUGAGUUUGCAGGUCCUGUUAGUGCACCUGUCAUUAUUGAAGUACCAUUUAAAGUAAGCGGCACGAAGCAGACUCCAGUUGAAGCUAAAUUAAUAAAGGACGGCAAACCAUUACCUGUUAAGGAUGUUGAAGUUGCCGUAACUGAUGAUAAGGUUACGUUUAAACUGAAAAAACCGUCAAGAGACUUAUCAGGAUUAUAUCAAAUCAAAAUUUCCAAUGGUCAAGGCGAAGAUACUAAGGAUGUUACAAUUAUUUGUCAAGAUGUCCCACAGUCACCACAGGACGUAGAUGUUACGGAUAUUUAUCAGACAUCGUGUGUAGUUAAAUUUAAAGCACCGGCUGACGAUGGCGGGUCUCCGUUAAUCAAAUACGUUAUUGAACGGCAAGAUUUAAGUAAAAAGCAAGGCUGGGAGCCUGUCGCUGAGGUUCUACCAAGUGAACCAUGUCUUAAAAAGAUUGACGACUUGGUGCCAAAGAAACAGUACAGAUUCCGUAUACGUGCUGUGAAUAAGAUUGGUCCUUCCGAUCCGGCCACUUUCAAAAACUCAAUACUUGCCAAAGACCCAUGGGACGAACCCGGCAAACCUAAAAGCGUUGAUUUAACUGACUGGGAUAAGGAUCACGCUGAUGUAAAAUGGGAGGCACCUGAUAAUGAUGGCGGUGACCCAAUUACAUCGUACAUUGUGGAAUUCAAAGAGAAAUUUUCCAACGAUUGGGUUACCGGCAAGGAGGUGCCCGGAGAUGCUAGAACAGCAACUGUGGAUGGCCUUAAAGAGGGACAGCAAUACGAAUUUAGAGUCCGUGCUGUUAAUAGGGCAGGUCCUGGCGAGCCUAGCGACAAGACUAAAGCCAUUAUUGCCAAAUGCCGCUUCGUUAAGCCGUUCUUAGUCGGCGACGGUCUCAAGAAUAUCACUGUGAAGAAAGGACAAACCGUUCGCUAUGACAUUAAAUAUGACGGUGAGCCAGAGCCAACUGCAACCUGGUUGAAGGCUGACCAGCAACUGAAAUUUGACAAUCAGCGCAUCUGUCUAGAGCAGCUAGAGCGUAAUUCAUCAAUUACUAUUAAGAAGACGGUAAGAAAGGAUACCGGAAAAUACAAAUUGGUGUUGACUAAUAGUUCAGGGACAAUUGAGUCUGAAGCCCAAGUAAUUGUUUUGGACCGUCCCUUGGCACCCGGCGGACCUUUUGAUGCUGAAGAGGUUCGAGCUCAUCGAAUUAAGAUGAAGUGGAAAAAGCCAGAAGAUGAUGGCGGCUGUGAGAUUACUGGCUAUGCACUUGAGCGAAUGGAUGAGGACACCGGCCGCUGGAUACCGGCCGGCGAAGUAGGCCCGGAUGAAACCUCAUUUGACUUUAAGGGCCUGAGUCCAAACAAGAAAUAUAAAUUCCGAGUCAAGGCCAUUAACAAGGAGGGUGAGUCCGAGCCCCUUGAGACAACUGACGCCAUUCUUGCCAAAAACCCUUAUGAUCCACCAAGUCCGCCCAGCCAGCCAGUUAUUGACGACUAUGAUAACAAGAGCGUGCUUCUUAAGUGGAAGAGACCACCGUCGGAUGGUGGUCGGCCAAUUACUCAUUAUGUUGUUGAAAUAAAAGAUAAAUUCUCACCCACAUGGAGCGAAGUUGCCAAAACAGAGGACCCUACGCUUGAAUGCAAAGUAGAAGGUCUCAAAGAAAAAAUGAUCUAUCAGUUUCGAGUUCGUGCUGUCAAUAAAGCUGGACCUUCCGAACCUUCACAGCCUACCGAUAAUCAUUUGUGCAAACAUAAAAACCUUAAACCACAAAUUGAUAGAUCUACAUUCAAACGGGUUACAAUUAAAAGUGGUCGCACUCACAAAUGGUCGGUGGACGUCAUUGGUGAACCUGUUCCAGAACUACACUGGAGCUGGCGUGAUGAUGUACCCCUGACAACUGGAGAUCGCAUAAGUAUCGAGAACAUUGAAUAUCAUACAGACUUUUGCAUUACAAACGCAAAGCGGCAAGAUAGCGGUUUUUAUACAUUGAAAGCUGAAAAUUGCAACGGUAUCGAUCGAGAAUCUGUCGAGCUUAUUGUUCUUGGAAAACCCAGUUCUCCGAAGGGUCCGCUCGCAGUUAGUGAUAUCACAGCAACAGGCUGCAAGUUGCAGUGGAAGAAGCCAGAUGAUGAUGGUGGCGUGCCGAUCAAGGAGUAUGUGAUUGAGAAAAUGGAUACAGCAACGGGCAAAUGGGUGAGGGUUGGCCGUUCUCCCGGUGAAAAGGAACCACCUAGCUUUGACGUAAACGGCUUAAAUCCCGGCUCGGAAUACAUGUUCCGUGUCUCGGCAGUUAAUGAGGAAGGUGAAUCGGAGCCUCUUACCACUCUUGUGGGUGUUGUUGCUAAGGAUCCAUUUGAUGAGCCAAACAAGCCCGGCACCCCCGAAGUCACCGACUAUGAUAAUCAAAGCAUUAGUCUGAAGUGGGCACCACCUAAUAAUGAUGGCGGUGCUCCAAUACAAAAAUAUAUAAUUGAAAAAAAGGAUAAAAAUAAACCGGAAUGGGAAAAGGCCAUAGAAAUUCCCGGCGAUCAAUUGGAAGCUACAGUGGCCGGCUUACAGGAAUACGGUGAAUAUCAGUUCCGCGUCAUUGCCGUUAAUAAAGCAGGAUUAUCUCCACCCUCUGAUGCAAGUGUGCCACAGAUCGUCAAGUAUAAAAAAUUAAAGCCCCGCAUUGACAGAACAAACUUAAAGCCUUUGCUUAUACGAGCUGGAAAACCAAUUAAAUAUGAUGUGAAUGUGCGCGGCGAACCAGUUCCAACGGUUAUAUGGUAUCAGAACGAUAAGGAGCUUAAGCCUGAGGAGCUAUCGAGCAAUUUUGAGAUUAAAAAUAUUCCACACAAUACGAAGAUUUCAAUAGUCGAUACUAUAAGACAGCACACAGGUACUUAUAAGAUUCGUGCCGUGAAUGAGCAUGGCGAAGAUGAAGCUACUGUGGAAGUAAACGUAUUGGCUCCACCCGGAAAGCCAAAGGGACCCUUGGCUGUAAAUGAUAUUACUAAGGAUGGAUGCAAGCUCAAAUGGAAAAAACCAGAAGACGAUGGAGGCAAGCCCAUUACAGCUUAUCAAGUAGAAAAAUUCGAUAAGAAACAAGGUCGCUGGGUACCAGUUGGUCGUACAUCGGGUAAUGAUACCGAACUUGAUAUCAAGGGACUUCAAGAAGGCCAUGAGUAUCAGUUUCGGGUCAAAGCCAUUAACGAGGAAGGCGAGUCUGAGCCUUUAGAGACCGAUGGUACCAUAAUCGCCAAGAAUCCAUAUGAUGCUGCCAGUAAACCUGGUACCCCCAAAAUUGAUGAUUACAAUGAGCACAUGGUUAAGCUUGUGUGGGAGCCACCGAAGGAUGAUGGCGGUGCACCAGUAACAGGUUAUAUUAUCGAAAAAAAAGAUAAGUUCUCACCGAUGUGGGAUGAAAUACUUACCACCAAUUCUUCUGCUCCGGAAGCAACUGUCGAUGGCCUUACAGAAGGGAAUGUGUAUCAAUUCCGUGUUCGUGCCGUCAAUAAAGCCGGAACCAGUGAGCCUAGUGGGGCCACAGAGCCCCAUUUAGCUAAGCCAAGAAAUCUCAAGCCCUUAAUAAAUCGUGACAAAAUGAAGCCAAUAAAGGUGCGUGCAGGGCAAACUGUUAAAUUCGACGUCGAUGUGAAAGGAGAGCCUGCACCUACUUUGACCUGGUUCUUCACCGAGAAGGAAAUAGCCACGAGUGGGCAAGCACGUAUCGACAACGAAGACUACAAUACAAAACUUGUCCUUUUAGACACCACUCGCAAAGAGAAUGGUGUCUAUAAGCUGAGAGCUGAAAAUAUAAAUGGUGUUGAUGAGGCUGAAGUGGAAGUGACAAUAUUAGACAAACCUUCUAAACCUGAAGGACCGUUAGAGGUCAGCGAUAUUCAUAAAGAAGGAUGCAAGUUAAAAUGGAAGAAGCCUAUGGACGAUGGUGGAGUACCUAUUACUGGUUAUGUUGUUGAAAAAAUGGAUACUGCAACUGGUAAAUGGGUGCCAGCAGGUUCUGUCGAUCCUGAAAAAACAGAAAUCGAUGUGAAAGGCCUGGAUCCAAACCAUCGUUAUCAGUUUAGAGUUAAGGCAGUAAAUGAGGAAGGCGAAUCAGAACCACUGGAGACUGAUUCAGCCAUUACAGCUAAGAAUCCAUUUGAUAUAUCUGCACCGCCAGGACUACCAGAGCUUGAAGACUGGGAUGAACAUCAUGUUAAAUUGAAAUGGGAGCCACCUAUUCGAGAUGGAGGAUCGCCAAUUACGAACUAUGUCAUUGAGGUUAUGGAUAAAGACUCCGGCGAGUUUGUGAAAGCAGCUGAGACCGAUGGACCCAUCUGCAAGGGUGUGGUAAAAAAACUAGAAGAAGGGCAACAAUAUAAGUUCCGUGUUCGUGCUGUAAACAAAGCUGGUCCUUCUGAUCCCUCCGAACAAACUAAUUGGCAUACAGCAAAGCCACGAUUCUUAAAACCGCACAUCGACCGAACAAAUUUAAAACCAGUGGUCGUGAAAGCUGGCCUAUCAAUAAGCCUGGACAUCAAUAUAAGAGGCGAGCCGGCUCCUAAUGUGGAAUGGUCAUUUAAUGGAAUAACCGUAGUUAGUGACGAAGAAAAUGUGAAGAUCGACAAUGUUGACUACAACACAAAGUUCUUUGUUAUGCGAGCAAAACGUCCUCAAAGUGGAAAAUAUACCAUUAAGGCUACUAACGAGGUUGGGGAAGAUAUAGCCGAGCUUAAUGUCACAGUUCUAGGCAAACCAGGCAAGCCAAAAGGUCCUUUACAGGUCAACGACAUAACAAAGCAUAGCUGUAAAUUGAAGUGGGAUAAGCCCGAUGAUGACGGUGGUGCUCCAAUUGAUUACUAUGAAAUCGAAAAGCUGGAUCCGCAUACUGGACAGUGGCUGCCUUGUGGAAAGAGUUCUGAGCCGGAGGCCAAGGUAAUCGGAUUGCAUGAGGGUAAGCCGUACAAAUUCCGUGUCCGUGCCGUUAAUAAAGAGGGAGAAUCUGAAGAUUUGGAAACAGAUAAGACAAUUAUUGCCAAAAAUCCAUUUGAUGAACCAGAUAAGCCAGGUCGACCAGAACCAACUAAUUGGGAUAAGGACUUUGUUGAUUUAGCUUGGGAUCCACCCAAAAAUGAUGGCGGUGCUCCAGUUCAAAAAUAUAUAGUACAAAUGCGCGAUAAGUCCGGAAGAGCUUGGGUUGAUGCAGCCACUGUGCCUGGAGAUAAGACCAAAGGCACUGUAACUGGCGUUGAGGAGGGGCAUGAAUACGAGUUUCGUAUUGUCGCAGUUAAUAAAGCUGGGCCAAGUGAGCCGAGUGAUGUGUCCAAAUCAGUUGUUGCAAAGCCACGUUUUCUUAAGCCCCACAUUGAUCGCAAGAACUUACAAAAAAAGAUCAUGCGAAGUGGUCAAAUGUUACAUAUGGAUGCAGCUGUUAAAGCCGAGCCCCCGGCUAAGAUCACGUGGACCUACAAUGGAGCAGAGAUCAAGACAAGCGAUAAAAUAAAAAUUGAAAAUGAGGAAUACAAAACAACGUUCAUUAUGCCGAAGGUAAAACGCGCCGAUAAAGGUACGUAUAUUGUCACUGCGAAAAAUGAUUCCGGCGUAGAUACGGUGGAGAUAGAGUUAGAGGUUGUUUGCAAGCCCAGUAAACCAAAGGGGCCACUUGCUGUCUCCGAAAUAACUGCCGAAAGCGUACAUCUCAAAUGGGAUAAGCCGGAAGAUGACGGUGGCGAGCCCAUUGAGAAUUAUGUUGUCGAACGUAUGGACACCGAAACGGGACGCUGGGUGCCAGUAUUAACAACGAAAACGCCGGAGGCCGAUGUAACUGGUCUAACUGAAGGCAAAGAAUACCUCUUCCGCGUCAAGGCUGUUAAUAGCGAAGGAGAGUCAGAGCCUUUGACUACUGAUAUUCCUAUUGUGGCCAAAAAUCCAUAUGAUGCUGCUGAUACGCCUGGCAAGCCUCAAAUAACAGACUGGUCGUCAAAUCAUGCCGAUCUUAAAUGGCGGGCGCCAGAAGAUGAUGGCGGAGCGCCAAUUACUGGUUAUAUUGUUGAAAAGAAAGACAACAAUACUGGAAAAUGGCAAAAAGUUAUGGAAACUAAUACGCCCGAUUGCAAGGCCCGCGCUAAUGAUUUAAUCGAAGGUACAAAAUACCAAUUUCGCGUUAAGGCAGUUAACAAAGCUGGCCAGAGCAAGCCAUCGGAACCUUCCGAUCAAAUGAUAGCUAAGGAUCGCUUUGCUCCUCCCAAAAUAGAUCGCACAAAUAUAAAAGACAUUACAAUUAAGGCUGGACAGAACAUACGCUAUGAUAUUAAAGUGUCUGGUGAACCGCCAGCUACGAAGACUUGGUUCCAUAAUAAGGCUCGUAUAGAGAACGAUGACUACAAUAUUGACUUGGAAUCAUAUCGUACUAAAUUGACAGUACCGUACGCCAAACGAUUCCAUACCGGUAAAUACACAAUAAAAGCCGAAAACGAGUCUGGACACGAUGAAGCAUCGUUUGAAAUAACCGUUUUAGACAAGCCAGCUGCGCCAGAGGGUCCCCUACGUGUAACGGAUGUUCACAAAGAGGGCUGUAAUCUAAAAUGGAACCCACCCCUCGAUGAUGGAGGUCUACCUAUUGAGCAUUACGUUGUAGAAAAAAUGGAUGUAGAGACCGGUCGGUGGGUGCCAUCUGGACGCUUUAAGGAGCCAUUCGCUGAGCUCAAUAAUCUAGAGCCCGGUCACGAAUACAAGUUUAGAGUACUAGCUGUAAAUACGGAAGGAGAUUCUGAACCUUUAGUCGGAGAUCACUCGGUCAUUGCAAAGAAUCCAUUCGAUGAGCCCGGCAAACCAGGCACACCUGAAGCAGUCGAUUGGGACAAAGAUCGUGUUGACUUGGUGUGGCGACCACCACACAAUGAUGGCGGAUCUCCAAUCACAAGCUAUGUAGUUGAGAAGCGCGAAAAGGGAACUGAUAAAUGGAUAAAGGGUGCUGACAUUUCUGCACCAGCAUUUGGUGAAGAAUGCAAAGCUACCGUACCAAAUCUUGAUGAAAACUGCGAUUAUGAAUUCCGCGUUAAAGCAGUAAAUGCUGCCGGUCCUGGUGAAGCCUCAGAUGCCAGCAAAACAGUAACCACAAAACCCAGAAGAUUGGCACCUAAAAUUGAUCGAAAGAAUAUCCACACUUACAAUGUAAAGGCUGGCGAACCCAUAUUUUUGGAUAUUAAAGUUAGUGGAGAACCGGCACCCGAAGUUACUUGGACUCAAAAUGGAAAAUCUUUCUAUGCGACAUCAUCCAGUCGCAUCGAAAAUGUUCCAUAUAACAGUAAAUACAUUAACAACAAUCCCGAAAGGAAAGAUUCGGGUCUAUAUAAAAUAGUUGCCCAUAAUCUGUACGGUCAAGAUCAAGUUGAGUUUCAAAUUAGUAUAAUAACCAAGCCAGGAAAGCCUGAGGGCCCGCUUGAAGUUUCCGAUAUUCAUAAAGAUGGAUGUAAGUUAAAAUGGAAAAAGCCGAAGGACGAUGGUGGCGAGCCUAUCGAUAGUUAUUUAAUUGAGAAGUUCGAUCCCGACACUGGCAUUUGGUUGCCAGUGGGUAAAAGUGAUGUACCAGAAUUCAAUGUUGAUGGCCUGAUUCCUGGCCACGAGUAUAAGUUCCGAGUAAAAGCCGUCAAUAAAGAGGGUGAAUCAGAACCACUGGAAACGUUGGGGUCAAUAAUCGCUAAGGAUCCGUUUAGUACACCCUCAAAGCCGGGAUCGCCAGAGCCUACCGACUGGACUGCAAAUAAAGUGGAUCUUGCAUGGGCUGAGCCAGCGAGCGAUGGCGGAUCACCUAUAACGGGUUAUAUAAUCGAGGUGAAAGAUAAAUAUAGCCCACUCUGGGAAAAAGCCCUUGAGACCGAUUCACCCACACCGGUUGCUAUAUUAAAUGGACUAAUCGAAGGCAACGAAUAUCAGUUCCGAGUUAUUGCUUUAAAUAAAGGAGGUCAAUCAGAGCCUUCAGAUGCUAGCAAAACAUUUGUUGCCAAACCGCGCUACCUAGCACCCAAGAUUGACCGCAGGAACCUACGCGACAUAACUUUAUCUGCGGGUACAGCUCUUAAGCUUGAUGCAAAUAUUACGGGUGAGCCAGCUCCAAAGGUAGAGUGGAAAUAUUCAAAUUAUCCCUUACAAUCGGGAAAGAAUAUCACGAUUGAAACGCCCGAUUAUUAUACCAAGCUAGUUAUUCGGCCUACUCAGCGAAGUGACUCCGGAGAAUAUUUGGUUACAGCCACAAACAGCUCUGGCAAAGAUAGCGUUCUUAUCAAUGUCAAUAUUACUGAUAAACCUAUGCCACCAAAUGGGCCACUUCAAAUAUCAGAUGUUCAUAAAGAAGGAUGCCACCUAAAAUGGAAGCGACCUAACGACGAUGGUGGCACUCCGAUUGAGUACUUCCAAAUUGAUAAGUUAGAUCCAGAGAGUGGUUGCUGGAUUCCUUGCGCCCGCUCGAACGACACUCAAGCCAAUGUGACUGGCCUCACACCUGGCAACGAAUAUAAAUUCCGAGUGUCUGCUGUCAAUGCUGAAGGGGAAUCAGUGCCAUUGGUGGGUGAUGAAUCGAUCAUCGCAAAGAAUCCGUUUGACGAACCAGGUAAGCCAGAAAACUUACGAGCCACCGACUGGGAUAAAGAUCACAUCGAUUUGGUCUGGACACCGCCGCUUAAUGAUGGUGGCUCACCAAUCACUGGAUAUUUUAUUGAAAAGAAGGACAAAUAUGGACAGUGGGAAAAGGCAGUUGAGGUUCCAGCCGACCAGUGCAGCGCAACUGUGCCAGAUUUAACCGAAGGCGAUGCGUAUGAAUUUCGUGUUAGCGCUGUUAAUUCAGCUGGUCCAGGCGAGCCGUCAGAUGCAACACCUCCAAUUGUUGCUAAACAACGAAACAAGCCACCAAUGAUUGAUCGCUCGAAUCUAAUUGAAGUGCGCGUUAAAGCCGGUCAAACAUUCUAUUUCGAUUGCAAAGUGUCUGGUGAACCAGCACCAAAAACUAAAUGGUUGCUCAAAAAAAAAGAAAUGUACUCAAAAGAUAAUGUGAAGGUCACACAUGUCGACUACAAUACUAAGCUAAAGGUAACAAGCGCUACUCGGUCACAUUCAGGCCUUUAUACCGUGCACGCAGAGAAUGCCAAUGGUGAGGACAGUGCAGAUGUAAGAGUUACAGUAAUUGAUAAGCCUUCACCACCAAACGGACCAUUAAAAGUUAACGAUGUGCAUGCCGAGGGCUGUACACUCAGUUGGAGUCCUCCAGACGAUGACGGCGGACAGCCAAUAGAAAGUUAUGUUGUUGAAAAAAUGGAUGAAGUAAGUGGUCGAUGGGUUCCAGCCGGCGAAACCGACGGACCAGCAACAAAUAUAAAUGUGAAGGGUCUGACGCCGGGGCACAAAUACAAAUUUAGAGUGCGUGCGAAAAAUCGUCAGGGAACUUCGGACCCUUUAACAACACCGCAUUCAACCGAAGCUAAAAAUCCUUACGAUGAGCCCACCAAACCGGGUAAACCGACUAUUAAAGAUUUUGACAAGGACUUUGUUUAUUUGGAAUGGGCCCGCCCAGAGAGUGAUGGCGGAUCUUUAAUCAGCGGUUACAUUAUCGAGAAGCGAGAUAAAUAUUCGCCCGAUUGGGAAAAGUGCGCUGAGAUUGAAGGCGACGAGCCAAGUGGCCAUGUACCUGACUUGAUUGAAGGAGUUAAAUAUGAGUUCCGUGUAAGGGCUGUUAAUAAAGCCGGCCCCGGUAUACCUAGCGAUGCGACAGAUCCUCAUGUGGCUCGUGCAAGAAACUUGGCUCCUAAAAUCGAUAGAAAUUUUAUGUCUGAUAUCAAAGUGAAGGCUGGUAAUGUAUUUGAGUUCGAUGUACCUGUGAUUGGCGAGCCAAUUCCAAGCAAAGAAUGGUCUCAUGAAGAAAAUAUGGUUAUUAAUACGGACCGCGUGAAAAUAUCUAACUAUGAUGACCACACUAAACUGCGUAUACUUGAUGCCAAACGCGCUGACACAGGUUUAUACACCUUGCUUGCGCGCAACGUUAACGGAGUCGAUAAGCAUACAGUAAAGGUCAUAAUCCUUGACGUGCCAUCCAUUCCCGAGGGUCCACUACGUGGCGAUGAGAUUACCAAAAACUCGAUAACGCUGCGCUGGCGUCCUCCAAAAGAUGAUGGCGGAUCUGAGAUUACCCAUUAUGUGGUUGAGAAAAUGGACAACGAAGCAAUGCGAUGGAUUCCAGUAGGCGAAUGCGCCGGAACGGAAAUAAGAGCAGAAAACCUAAUCGAGAAUCAUGAUUAUAAUUUUAGAGUGAGGGCUGUCAAUAAACAAGGACAGUCGCAACCGUUGACCACCUCUCAGGCAAUUACAGCUAAAGAUCCCUAUGGUCAUCCGGAAAAGCCAGGUCAGCCACAGGCCGUAGAUUGGGGAAAGGACUUUGUUGAUUUAGAAUGGGCGGCUCCCAAACGUGAUGGCGGGGCCCCAAUUACACAGUACAUUGUUGAAAAAAGACCAAGGUUUGGACAGUGGGAACGUGCAGCAGUUGUGCCAGGUGACGAACGCAAAGUGCAUAUUCCUGAUUUGACUGAUGGAGGUGAAUAUGAGUUCCGCAUCAUUGCCGUGAAUCGCGGCGGACAGAGCGAUCCUUCGGAUCCUUCAGCAACCAUCAUAUGUAAGCCCCGCUUCUUGGCCCCCUAUUUCGACAAAUCGUUAUUGAAUGACAUUACCGUUCAUGCUGGAAAGCGAUUGGGGUGGACAUUGCCUAUAGAAGCCUCUCCAAGGCCGUCUAUCAAAUGGCUGUUCAAUGGCAAGGAGAUUGAGCCAAAUACACGCAACGAAUCAAACCUAUUCCAAAACGAACUCACCUUUGAGAUACCAUCAGCUUUGCGGUCUAAUGAGGGUCGAUACACAUUGAUUUUGAAAAAUGAGCACGGUUCCUUUGAUGCUUCCGCGCAUGCCACCGUGCUGGAUAGACCAUCCCCGCCAAAGGGGCCACUGGACAUUACAAAGAUCAAUAGAGAUGGUUGCCAUCUUGCAUGGCAUGUACCAGAUGAUGAUGGCGGCUCUCCCAUAUUGCACUAUAUUGUUGAGAAAAUGGAUUUAUCGCGAGGUACUUGGUCUGAUGCAGGAAUGAGCACGCAUCCAGUCCACGACGUAACACGACUUGUACAUAGAAAGGAAUAUUUAUUCCGUGUUAAAGCUGUCAAUGCAAUUGGCGAAUCAGAACAUUUGGAGGCUGAGAAGAGUAUCAUAGCCAAAAAUGAGUUUGAUGAGCCAGAUGCUCCCGGUAAGCCCAUAAUUACUGAUUGGGAUCGUGAUCACGUUGAUCUACAAUGGGCCACACCAAAGUCCGAUGGUGGUGCGCCCCUCACCGAAUAUAUCAUACAAAAGAAAGAGAAGGGCAGCCCAUACUGGGCGAAUGUUGCUCAUGUGCCGCCAAAUAAAACAUCUGCCACAGUGCCCGAACUUGUUGAAGGACAGGAGUAUGAGUUCCGCAUAAUUGCCGUAAACCAAGCUGGCCAGUCAGAUCCGUCAGAGGCAUCCGAUAUGAUAAUGGCCAAAGCUCGCUAUUUGCCGCCUAAAAUAAUAACACCCAUGCGCGAGGUACGUAUUAAGGCUGGACUAAUUUUUCACAAUGAUAUUGAUUUCAUUGGUGAGCCCGCUCCAGAAGCUUUUUGGACGUUAAAUAGCAAUACAUUACAAUCAAAUGAAAGAUCAACUAUUACUUCAAUUGGCCACCAUACAGUUGUUCAUACGGUAAAUUGCCAGCGCUCUGACUCUGGUAUAUAUCAUUUGCUAUUGCGUAAUGAUUCUGGAAUCGAUGAAGGUAGUUUUGAGCUGAUUGUUCUUGAUCGUCCUGGUCCACCGGAGGGUCCAUUGGAAUAUGAAGAAAUUACAUCAAACUCUGUGACAAUCUCAUGGAAGCCCCCAAAAGACAAUGGAGGAUCUGAAAUAAAUGCGUAUGUUAUCGAGAAACGCGAUUUAACACAUGGAGGCGGUUGGGUUCCAGCCGUUGCCUAUGUAAAUGCGAAGUAUAACCAUGCCAUUGUCCCUAGACUACUAGAGGGAACCAAGUAUGAGUUUAGAGUGAUGGCCGAGAACCUACAGGGAAUAUCUGAUCCUCUGACUUCGGAGGAGCCGGUUAUUGCCAAGAACCAAUACACUGCGCCUGGAGCACCUGGAAAGCCCGAAUUGUCAGAUAGCGACAAAGACCAUAUUGCCAUUAAAUGGAAGCAGCCUAUCAGUAAUGGCGGCUCGCCAAUUCUUGGCUAUGAUAUUGAGCGACGUGAUGUUAAUACUGGACGCUGGAUCAAAAUUAACGGUGAACCAGUUCCAACAACGGAGUAUAACGAUGACAGAGUUUCACCGAAUCAUCAAUACCAAUACAGAGUUUCAGCUGUCAAUGCUGCCGGAAACAGCAAACCUUCAGAACCGUCUUCCAUUUUCAAUGCUCGUCCGAUGCGGGAAAAGCCUAGACUAUAUCUUGAUGGCUUAUUUGGCAGACGUGUUAAGGUGCGUGCUGGAGAGCCGGUUAAUAUCAAUAUACCCAUAUCUGGCGCACCAACACCAACAAUUGAGUGGAAGCGUGGGGAUGACAAGUUACCCAAGAACGCAAAGAAUUCAUUUGAUACAAAUACGGAGCGUACCAUAUUCCGCAUAGAUGACUCAACCAGAAACGACUCGGGUGUCUAUACUGUAUCUGCUAGUAAUGAAUUUGGCAAGGACUCGGCAAAUAUCGAAGUAACUGUUGUCGACAAGCCCACACCUCCUGAAGGACCUUUAAUAUACACAGAGACAGCACCAGAUCAUAUCUCAUUGCAGUGGAAUCCUCCAAAAGAUGAUGGCGGCAGUGAUAUUAGUGGCUAUGUCAUCGAAUUCAGUGAAUAUGGCGUUGAUGAUUGGAAACCUGUCCCUGGCUACUGUCCCAAAACCAAUUUUACUGUUAAGGGCUUGACCGAAGGCAAAAAAUAUAUUUUCCGUGUGAGGGCUGAGAACAUCUACGGAGUUUCAGAUGGUUUGGAAGGUAAACCAGUAAUUGCAAAAUCACCCUUCGAUCCUCCAGGUGCCCCAUCCCAGCCAGUUGUAGCAGCCUAUACACCCAAUUCAGCGUCCUUAGAAUGGCAUCCACCAGAUUAUUGUGGUGGUAAACCGAUUUCUGGAUAUAUUGUGGAGCGAAGGGAACGUGGCGGCGAAUGGAUAAAAUGCAAUAACUACCCAACACCAAAUACAAGCUAUUCCGUGCCUGAUUUGCGCGAAGGCGCUCGCUAUGAGUUCCGUAUAAUUGCUAUUAAUGAAGCUGGACCAGGAAAACCCUCCAAGCCAUCGGAUCCUAUCACAGCCGAAUUACAGCGCAAUCGCCCUGAUGCACCAGAACCACCAAAGGCAGAUCGUAUUACAAAAGAUAGUGUAACACUGUCCUGGCGACCUCCGCGAAACGAUGGGAAAUCAAAAAUUAAAGGCUACUAUGUUGAGAGCCGCGCCAAGAACUCUAAGGACUGGCUGCCUGUAAAUGAUAUACCAAUUAUUUCGACAGUGUAUACAGUGCCAAGUCUGAGGGAAGGUGAAGAGUACUCGUUCCGCAUUAUUGCUGAAAACGAGGUUGGUCGCUCUGAUCCCUCAAAACCUUCACAGCCAGUUAAAAUUGAAGAACAACCAAAUAAGCCAUGCAUGGACCUCGGCGGCGUUCGUGACAUCAUUUGCCGUGCUGGCGAUAAUUUUAGCAUUCAUGUCCCAUACAUUGCGUUCCCAAAGCCCAGUGCUUUUUGGUACUCGAAUGACACUGUGCUUGAUGAUGAAGUUGACCCGCGCGUGCAUCAGCAUUUAACUGACGAUGCUGCUUCGUUUGUCGUCACGAACUCAAAGCGAAAUGACUCCGGCCAAUAUCGCUUGCAAUUGAAGAAUCCAUCCGGCUUCGAUACAGCCACUAUUAAUGUUAAGGUUUUAGAUAGGCCAAGCCCUCCAAUGAAUUUGCGUGCCGAUGAGUUUGCCGGAGAUUCACUGACUCUGUAUUGGAAUCCACCAAAGGAUGAUGGCGGCUCACCCAUUCAAAAUUAUAUCGUCGAGAAAAAAGAAGCGCGCUCUUCCACAUGGACAAAGGUCAGCAGCUAUUGCACGGUGCCGUUCGUGCGUAUACGCAAUUUGGUAAUUAACAAGGAAUAUGACUUCCGCGUAUUUGCCGAAAACAAGUAUGGGCAAUCCGAUCCGGCUUCUACAUACGAGCCCAUACGUGCUAGACAUCCAUUCGAUGUGCCAAACGCGCCCGGUAUACCGCGAGGAAUUGAUUCUACCGAAGAUAGCAUUACGAUUGCCUGGUCUAAACCAAAGCACGAUGGUGGCUCACCAAUAACCGGCUACGUUAUUGAGAAGCGUCUACUUAGUGAAGACAAAUGGACAAAAGCUGUACACGCUCUCUGUCCGGAUGUUAACUGCAAAAUUCCUGGCUUGAUUGAGAAUGCUGAGUAUGAGUUCAGAGUGGCGGCUGUGAAUGCCGCUGGUCAGUCACCCUUCAGUGCAUCCAGUGAUCUUAUCUACUGUCGUCGUCCACCUCAUGCUCCCAAGAUAACAUCAGAUUUAUCUAUACGUGAUCUGACCGUUAUCGCUGGUGAGGAGUUCCACAUUACCGUACCAUAUCAUGCAAAUCCACGUCCUGUGCCUACAUGGACCAUUAACGGACUCGAAACAUUUACCGAUGAGCGCAUUCGAUUCCAAACUGAUGAUUACACUUCUGUGUAUCAUAAUAAGUCUGCAAAGCGUUCCGAGACCGGCUCCUACACCAUAACAUUGGCCAAUAGCAAAGGCUCGGAUACGGCAUCAUGUCACGUUACCGUGGUUGAUAGACCUGGGCCACCCCAAGGUCCACUAAAUGCUUAUGAUAUUACACCAGAUACUUGUACACUGGCAUGGAAAACGCCGCUCGAUGAUGGUGGCUCACCGAUUACUAAUUAUGUCGUGGAGAAACUCGAUGUAAGCGGUACUUGGGUGAAGGUCAGUAGUUUUAUUCGAAACACACAUUAUGAUGUGAUGGGCUUGGAGCCAAAUCAUAAAUAUAAUUUCCGAGUCCGUGCUGAGAAUCAGUACGGUUUGUCUGAUCCUCUUGAUAUAGCAGAGCCCAUUACAGCCAAGCACCAGUUUACCGUGCCAGAUGAACCUGGCCAACCAAAGGUCAUAGAUUGGGACUCGGGCAACGUUACAUUGAUAUGGACACGCCCAGCCAGUGAUGGCGGCUCACGCAUUCAGGGUUAUCAAAUUGAAUAUCGCGACAUUGUAAGCGAUGCCUCGUGGAACACUUAUGAGUAUUUGAUUAAAGAAACCAAGUAUCAGCUCUACAAUCUGACAAACGGUAGCGAGUACGAAUUCCGUAUCAAGGCGAAAAAUGCAGCCGGCUUUAGCAAGCCGUCGCCACCGUCACUCCGAUUCAAGCUAAAGGGUAAAUUCAAUGUACCCUCUCCGCCUGGUACACCACAAGUUACAAAGGUGGGUAAGAACUAUGUGGAUCUUAAAUGGGAGAAGCCAACCAGUGAUGGUGGGUCUCGAAUCACAGGCUAUAUUAUAGAAAGGCGGGACAUCGGCGGCGCUGUGUGGGUAAAGUGCAAUGACUAUAAUGUUAUGGAUACUGAGUAUACAGUUAUCAAUCUAAUUGAAAUGGGCGAUUAUGAAUUCAGAGUAUUUGCUAUCAAUGCUGCAGGCCGUUCUGAGCCAAGCUUAUGCACGAUGCCAAUUAAGGUCUGCGAGGUGCUCGGAGGUGAGAAACCAGAUUGGAUAACGCGUCUGCAGAACCGUAUUGCUCCAUGUGGCAAAGAUCUUACAUUGCAAUGCGCCGCGACAGGCAAACCAAUCCCAACAGCUAGAUGGCUGAGAAAUGGCAAAGAGAUUCAAAUGGUACCCGGUGGUCGUAUGACAUGCGACAGCAAAGAGGGCGUCUUUAGACUAAACAUAAUGAAUGUGCAAGCUGGCGAUGAUGGCGAUUACACAUGUGAGGCAAUAAAUUCGCUUGGUUUUGUUCAUACAUCUGGCUAUGUGAAAGUUGGCUCACCGCCAAUUAUUAACAGAUGCCCCAGUGAGCUGUACCUUCCCGAAGGUGACAAUACCAAAAUUAAGGUCUACUAUUCCGGCGAUCAGCCACUUACUGUAAAAAUAACAAGAAAUCACGAGCUUAUCUCCGAUAUUGCUGAUGACAUGCACAUCAAAUAUAACAUAUUUGAUGACUAUGUUGCAAUCUUUAUACGUGAUAUUGUUAAGAGCGAUGGCGGGCUCUAUCAAAUUGAGUUGAGCAAUGAUUCGGGUACGGCAAUUGGUCAGUUCGAUGCACGCAUAACAGGAUUGCCGUCAGCACCCGUUGGACCAAUGGGAAUCUCGCACAUCAAUAAGCAUUCGUGUACUUUAGCGUGGCGUCCACCAGCAUAUGAUGGUGGACUUAGAGUUACGCAUUAUGUAGUCGAGCGGAAGGAUAUAUCGUCACCACAUUGGAUAACUGUGUCCACUACGUGCAAAGACACGACUUUCAUGGUUCAGGGCUUGAUUGAGAAUCAAGAGUAUAUAUUCCGCGUAAUGGCUGUAAAUGAAAAUGGCAUGGGCCUGCCAUUAGAGGGCCUUAAUCCCAUACGUGCUAAGGCUCCAAUUGAUCCACCAUCAUCACCAGGCAUUCCGCAAAUCACCGAGGUCGGAGGGGACUUUGUACAUUUAGACUGGAGCAAACCCGAAUCAGAUGGCGGUUCGCACAUUCAGGGUUACUGGAUAGACAAGCGCGAAGCUGGCAGUGACGCAUGGCAGCGUGUUAAUGUUACCAUAUGUUCUGCCAAUCAAAUAAACUGCCCCAAUUUGAUCGAAGGCAGGCAAUAUGAGUUCCGUGUCUUUGCUCAGAAUGUGGCUGGAUUAUCGAAAGAUUCAUCCGCUUCCCAAGUUGUCAAAAUUGUUGAUCCAAAGGCGGCAACGCCACCUGUGAUUGUGAAACCGCUUCGCGAUGCCAAUUGCAUCCAAAAUCAUAAUGCCCAAUUCACUUGUACAAUCACUGGCGUACCUCGGCCGACAAUUACCUGGUAUAAGGGUGCAAGAGAGAUUACAAAUGGUUCCCGUUAUCAUAUGUACUCUGAGGGUGAUAAUCAUUUCUUGAAUAUCAAUGAUAUAUUUGGCGAAGAUGCUGAUGAAUAUGUGUGUCGUGCAGUUAAUAAAGCCGGGGCAAAAUCAACCCGAGCAGCUCUUGCUAUUAUGACUACACCAAAAUUAAACGUUCCGCCGAGAUUUAGGGAUACUGCCUACUUUGACAAAGGCGAGAACGUUAUAAUUAAAAUACCAUUCACCGGUUUUCCCAAGCCCCGCAUUCAUUGGGUAAGAGAGGGGGAAAAUAUUGAAUCCGGUGGUCACUAUACUGUUGAUGUUAAAGAACGACAUGCUCUGUUGAUAAUACGCGAUGGAUCGCGUUUAGAUUCUGGACCAUAUCGUAUCACAGCUGAGAAUGAACUUGGGUUGGACACAGCCAUAAUUCAGGUUCAAAUAAGUGAUCGACCCGAUCCACCACGAUUUCCUUUGGUUGAAAGUAUUGGCACUGACUCGCUUUCUCUCAGUUGGAAGCCACCUAUUUGGGAUGGUGGCAGUGACAUCACCAACUAUCUUGUCGAGCGCCGGGAGCAUCCAUUGUCGUCGUGGAUACGAGUGGGAAAUACUCGCUUUACUUCGAUGGCAGUUACUGGCCUAGUACCGGGUAAAGAGUAUGAUUUCCGUAUUUUUGCUGAUAACGUUUACGGACGCUCUGACUCGUCCGAGAUCAGCACAUUGAUUAAAACCAAGGAAUCGAUCAAGAAAAAAACGAAUGAACGCAAAUGGGAUAUCGAUGAAAAUGGUAAAAAAAUACGUGGUAAAGCUGAUGGACCGAUUAAAGACUAUGAUUCUUAUGUAUUUGAUAUAUACUCUAAAUUCGUACCACAACCUGUCGAGAUUUCGCACCAAAGCGCUUAUGACAAAUAUGACAUACUCGAGGAAAUCGGUACUGGUGCUUUUGGAGUAGUACAUCGUUGUCGUGAACGUAGUACAGGAAACAUAUACGCUGCUAAAUUUAUACCUGUCUCUCAUACAGUUGAGAAAGAUCUAAUACGACGUGAAAUUGACAUAAUGAAUCAAUUGCAUCACCAAAGAUUAAUAAAUUUACAUGACGCUUUCGAAGACGAUGAUGAAAUGGUUCUGGUACUAGAAUUCUUAUCUGGUGGAGAAUUAUUUGAGCGCAUUACCGCCGAGGGAUAUAUAAUGACCGAAGCCGAAGUUAUCAACUAUAUGAGACAAAUAUGUGAAGGCAUAAGACAUAUGCAUGAAAAGAACAUUAUUCAUCUCGAUAUAAAGCCUGAGAACAUAAUGUGCCAAACUCGCACAAGUACUAGUGUGAAACUGAUUGAUUUUGGGUUAGCCACCCGAUUGGAUCCGAACGAAGUAGUUAAGAUAACCACGGGCACAGCUGAGUUUGCUGCUCCUGAAAUUGUAAAUAGAGAGCCUGUUGGAUUCUAUACAGAUAUGUGGGCCACCGGAGUGCUAGCUUAUGUUCUACUUAGUGGUCUUUCCCCGUUUGCUGGUGACAAUGAUGUACAGACAUUGAAAAAUGUUAGGGCGUGCGAUUGGGACUUUGACGUAGAUGCUUUUAGACAUAUAUCUGAGGACGGUAAGGACUUCAUACGUAAGCUUUUAAUUGCGAACAAAGAGAAGCGUAUGACAGCACACGAAUGCCUAUUGCAUCCAUGGCUAACUGGAGAUCAUAGCGGAUUGACGCAGAAGAUUGCGCGCGAUCAUUAUUUGUCAUAUCGUGAUAAAUUAAGAAAGAAAUACGAAGAUUUUGAGAAGUACUUGCUGCCAAUGGGACGGCUGUCGGAAUAUUCUUCUUUGCGAAAGCUGAUGAUGGAGAAGUAUAAAAUAUAUGAUGCCGUCUUCGACCGAAGGCAAGCAGCACCGCGCUUCGUCAUUCGUCCAUCGUCGCAAUUCUGCUAUGAAGGUCAGAGUGUUAAAUUCUAUUGUCGCUGUAUUGCAAUAGCCACGCCCACGUUGACAUGGUCGCACAAUAAUAUUGAAUUAAGACAAAGCGUUAAGUUUAUGAAGCGCUAUGCUGGUGAUGACUAUUAUUUUGUAAUCAAUCGUGUCAAACUUGAGGAUCGUGGCGAGUAUAUAAUACGCGCCGAGAAUCAUUAUGGAUCAAGGGAGGAAGUCGUCUUUCUCAAUGUCCAUCCACUGCCUAAAGAACAGCCAAAGUAUAGAGCCGAAUCCACUCCCGUUCGCCGUCGAGAACCAUUGCCAUAUACAUUCUGGCAGGAGGAAUCUGAAUCGGCACCAAGUUUUACAUUCCUCUUACGUCCACGUGUCAUGCAAGCUCGAGACACAUGUAAGUUACUUUGCUGCUUAAGUGGAAAGCCGGUGCCCACUGUAAAAUGGUAUAAGGAUGGCCAUGAGCUAAGUAAAUUUGAGUACGCAAUGACACAUUCAGAUGGUGUUGUCACUAUGGAGAUCGUCGAUUGCAAGCCAUCUGAUUCUGGUAAAUACGUCUGCAAAGCAACCAAUUGCCACGGAAUAGAUGAAACUGAGUGCGUCGUUAUUGUUGAAGGAGAAUGGGUUACGCCUGAGCAGGCAGAGCUUGCUCACAAUUUCCUUUACUCAGGAGAUCGUAAAUUCAUAGAGCAACCAAUAAGGCCAGCACCACCACCAAUUAUAACAGCUCGCCAAUUUACUAGCUUAGCGGCUAGUAGUUCAAUGCAAGAGACGUCGAAUAUUAAGACUGUUAACACUAGCACAAGUUCCUUAACACAGAAUAGCAUUUCGGGUAAAAAGAAGUACGCGGCUCGCUCUUUGCAGGCACCUGGUAGCCCAUCAAGGUCCCGUAGUGCAACCAAAGAACUCAUACUGCCACCCGAUGAUUCCCUUAUGUAUAAACCCGAAUUUACAAAACCACUUCACGAUUUACAAAUACAUGAUGGCGAGCCUUUAGCAUUGAUAUGUCAUGUUAAGGGCGACCCGGAACCACAGAUAACAUGGUCCAAGAACGGCAAGGCUGUCUCUUCUUCCGACAUAAUGGAUCUAAAAUACAAAAACGGUGUUGCUACGUUGACUAUUAAUGAAGUUUUUCCCGAAGAUGAAGGAGUUUUCACAUGCACGGCGACAAACUCGAUUGCAUCAGUCGAAACGAAAUGCAAGUUAACUGUUAAGCCUUUGGAUAAGUUAUCAAGCAAACGCCAAGCAUCUGGCAGUGAUAAACCACCAAAAAUAGUUAGCCACUUGGAAUCUCGUUUUGUAAGAGACGGCGAUGCGGUAACAUUAGCUUGCCGCAUCAUUGGAGCUAAACAUUUCGAUGUCGUUUGGCUGCACAAUAAUAAGGAAAUUAAGCCAAGCAAAGAUUUCCAAUAUUCAAAUGAAGCAAAUAUUUAUCGACUGCAAAUUGCCGAGAUCUUUCCCGAAGAUGGUGGCACUUACACCUGUGAGGCAUUUAACGAUGCUGGCGAAUCGUUUAGUACGUGUACCAUAAACGUUACUGUUCCUGGUGAUGAUUCAAAGCAGCCAACAUAUGUGAAAUUCCCAAGUUCUGUUUCGGUUAUGGAAGGCGAAAGCGCAAAAUUCGAAUGUGACUUUAAUGAUGAACUUCUUAAUUUGGUAUGGCUCAGGGAUGGCAAAUCUAUCGAUGAGAAAAACACCCGAUACUCAUUCUCUAAGGAUGGCAAUUGCUAUGUGUUCUCCAUAUCCAAGUGUACUGUCGAUGAUGUGGGACAAUAUCAAGCCAAGGCUAUUGCUAAAAAGGGAGAGAGCUUAUGCGCAUUUUCUGUGAAUGUACAAAACUCUGAGGCCUAGAAAAGAAAAACCAAAGUUAAUGUACACGAUUAGUGACUUAAAAAAUAUGUUCAAUCUACCAAUUAGGCUGCUUAACAUAUUAUAGUAUAAUCAUUACACUAUUCUGCAUCACAGGCUAGAUAAAUUAAUAAGCAACACAAACUUAAAAAUCAAAAAAAAACAAAGAAAACAUAAUUUGAAGCUAGAAACACACAAUUCAUAAUCCACAAUUUCAUUAUCUUAGAGAUAUAAGCGACAUAUAAUAAUUUCAUUUUUAUGUUUUGUAUGGUUUUGAUAUUUCAUUUGUCUGGCGACCUUACUACGAAAAUUGAACAAAUCAAUCGAACUUAUGCAGUACAAGCACGUGUUCCUCUGAUUGGAUACAAAGAGAACCUAUACAUUUGUGUGACAAUUGGCAUCCUCAUCUAACAGCUUUAACAACCAAAUAUGCCACACAGAUGGCCAUAAGGACAACUCUCUUUUGUUCAUCGUUGAACUCGAUCU